AUGGCAGACGGGAUGGGAAUUGUGUUAGCGAAGGUUACCAUCUUGCCAACGGCUUCGGCGGACGAAAGCGAAGGGAAGGAUUGCGGCUCCGACAGUCGCAGCGGCAGAUGGCGUGGAAGGCGGCUCCGACAGUCGAACGUUGAGGCGGACGGGACGGGUGGCGGAUCCGAUGGCCGGAUGUCGAGGCUUAUCGAGGGGGAGAGGAGAAGAAGUGGCCAAGACAAAGAAGGAUUGCAUACCGAUGGGCAAAGGAUUGCUGUGAAGAUCCUUCAUCCCAUGCUUCACAACCUUGAUGAUACACAAUUCGAGCAGGAGUAUCACAACCUUGAAAGUCUCCAACACCAGAAUAUUGUGCGCUUAGUUGGCUAUUGCAAUGAAACUAGACGGGAAUUCGUGUCAUUUGAAGGAAGAACGGCACUUAGUGAAAGGACACACAGGGCACUUUGCUUUGAAUAUAUGCAAAAUGGAAACCUGGACAAUCAUCUUUCUGAUGAAUCUAGCGGACAUGACUGGCACACACGCUAUGCAAUAAUUAAAGGAAUUGCGAAGGGGUUGAAAUACCUUCAUGUGGAAUUCACACCCCCUAUGUUUCAUUUGGAUUUAAAACCAGCCAAUGUAUUGCUGGAUGAGAACUGGGUGGCGAAAAUUGGGGAUUUUGGAUUGUCAAGGUUCAUGCAAAAUGAGCAAACGCAUAUCACAACAAGUUCUAUAGGAACAAUUGGUUACUUACCGCCAGAAUAUAUAGAUGGGGGAGUAAUUUCAAAUAAGUUUGACAUAUUCAGCUUGGGUGUUAUUAUGAUAAAGGUAUCCGGGAAUUGGAGGAAUCGUCUGCAAGCAGCUUUAAUGGAUCCGAUAGAGCCAUACUGUGAACAAAUAAGGAGAUGCAUCACAAUAGCUUUAGCUUGUGUUGAACCCGACCGACACCGAGGGCCUACUAUAGGGUAUAUCUUGAAUGAGUUGAAUCAGACAGAGACAAUGGGUCGGUUUCCCGACGUAUCGCCAAGUGACCCAGGGUCAUCGAUGAACCAGGAAACCAGGCAAACUGACAUUACAGAAGUAGAAGAAAAUCGGGAGAGGGAAGAACUGAGCCGGAUAGAGAAUCUCUUUGGUGAAGUAGUCGACAACUACAAGUUGGAUCAAAUGGCAAGUUACAUGGGCAAAUCCAAGACACGGGAUGACCAAGUACGAGAGGCCUGCAUCCUGGUGGAGGAGGACAACAAAGAUGCCAAGGCUACGAGGUAUGUGGACGGCCUCAAGACCAUGCAUGGCAAUGGCGAUGGUCAGUCCACGCUGUGCCUUGUGUAUAACGCGACCGGCGGCACCCUCCACCACGUCCUCCAGCACGACUGGUCUGGUCAUAUUGGCAGGGCUCCCUGCCCUGCCUUGAUCGGCAACGGCCAGUGGGCUGCCUUUCAUCACGUUGCCCAGCCCGGCGAGCCAGAUUCGCUGGCGGCGGUCGUCUACCGCGGGAAGAACAAAGAUGGCGACGAACAUGAUUACUCCCUCCGUUUUAAAAUAGAUGACCCAAUUUUAUACUAA